AUGGAUGGGGGCGGCGAAUGGGACUUUUCCUCAAGACGUCGGCCUCUCUUGAGGGGUACCCCCAGGAGGAAGAUGCAUCGUGGAAUCCAUCACAACCAGAGUGAUGGGAAGUCCAGUGAGGGAUACCCCUCGGACUCACCUCCGAUCGGCAGAAACAGAAAUGACAACCAAACCAAUAUGGAAGGAAAUCGAACGAAGGUUUUAUCAUUAAAGAGUCUAUACAGCAGGUUACAGAGAACGAGCGAGCUUAUUCUGAAGGGGGAGGAUAAACAAGACCAGGUGUGUGAGAAAGGUGAAUAUAUGAGUGGUGAGAACCAUGGUGGAGAUAUAAAUUUGGAGGAGGUUUCCACUCCUAAUAAGAAAUUGGACCUUCGCUCCACUCACAAGGGACCACAACUAAAAAGGCGCACCAGGAAAAUACAGCAUGGAAAAGGGGCCUCUGAUAAUGUAAACGAUAUUAGAAGAUAUUUUAUACAGGAAGAACGACAGAGGACAUCAACCAAGGAGGGGACUGACGGGGCAUCUCUCCAGGCGGGUAGCGAGUCUGAUGUGGAGGCUAAAAGGAGGAUCAAUUUGGAGGAGAAGAUUAGAAGGAAUGGUUCCACAAGGGGGCGCAUCGAAAGGAAGCGCGAUGAUCAAAUGAAUUAUCAAAAUGAUCCGAUUAGUGACCACUCAUUUCGCCCCCUACUGAGGAGGCAGAAUGAUCAGUCCAUUAGUUUUGCCUCGAAAGGGGGUUCAUCACAGUGGGGUAUCUCCAUAGACGGCGCAGAUGAAGAGGAACCGAGAGGAAGUAUCCCCACAGGGGGUGUCUGGAGAGGGACUUUGAAAAAGGAGAGUAACAAGGAAAGAACAAAGCACUCCUUGGAUGAAGGAAACGAUCAGAAGGAUGAUUCCAUGUACAGUCCAUCAGCACAGUGGAGAUUGUGUAAAAACGGAGGGAAGAUGAAUACGGAAGAGGAGGACGCCAAGUCGGAGGGAAAAUACCAAUCAUCGGACACCUCCCCAGUGCGCAAACGCAAAGGAACAAAGUACAAUAGUGUAAAGGAGGAAGAAGAAAAUGGAAAGCUAAAAAACUUAAAUUUGGAAGAAAUAAAAAAUCGACUCCGAAGGAAUGAACCAGAUACAUUAAAGAUUUUACUAUGCACGGAUAACCACUUAGGGUACAAGGAAAACAAUGCAGUGCAAAGGAAGGAUACAUUCAACUCGUUUGAAGAAAUACUUUUCGUUGCGAAACAUUUAAAUGUAGAUAUGAUACUUAAUAGUGGUGAUCUAUUCCACAAAAAUAAAGUUUCUGAAUACACACUUUUUAAGUCCAUGGGGAUUAUUAGGAGGUACUGUCAUGUGAGUCGUUACGAGGAUGCCCAGGGGGGUACUGAAUCGGCAGAAGCUUCUCCAGUGCGAGGAGCACAUCCUCGGAAGGCGCUCCUUAAGGAGGUGCACAGCUGUGAUUAUAAAUGGUAUGGUGGGGAUGAGAAGCUUGACCUGAAUGAGGAGAACAGUCAUAGUGAGGAGAGCACCCGAAGUGAUAGACGCAAUCGUAGUGAUAGACGCAAUCGUAGUGGGGAGAGCAAUCAUAGUAAAGAGAGCAGCCAUAGUGAUAGAAGCAUCUUCAGAGAGAAAGAUCCCCCGUAUGAUGUAGUACGCAUGUGUUCCGUGAAGGAAAAGGUCGAAACGGCUAUCCCCUUUUUUACGAUACACGGGAAUCACGACUACCCCUACAGCUGUGACUACAUCAGUCCUCUGGACAUAUUGCAUGUUGGAAACCUCAUCAACUAUAUUGGCAAAAGCACUCUGAACAAAAUUCUGGUGAAACCAGUACUGCUAAACAAGGAAGAUACCAAAAUAGCUAUUUAUGCCAUCGGAUGGAUUAAGGAUGAGCGUCUACAUAGAGCAUUCGAAGAGAAACAAAUCAAGUUCAUGCUGCCAAGUGACUAUACCAGUAGAAUCAACAUCCUCGUCUUACAUCAAAAUAGACACAUGAGAUGUGCAUAUGGAAAUGACUUAAAAAAUUUUAUUAAAGAAUCCUUCAUUCCCAGUUUUGUAGACUUAGUCAUAUGGGGACAUGAACAUUUUUCGAAACCUUACUUGGAGGAAAGUUCAUUCCAAUCUUUUUUCUCCUUGCAAUUGGGUUCAUCUGUACGGACAUCUCUCUGUGCAAAUGAAUACGGAGAUAAGUACAUCGGGUUGCUAGAAAUUAAGAAAGAAAGGUUUCGAUUUUUGAAAAUCCAACUGGAAAGCGUCAGGCCAUUUGAGCUUAAAGAUAUCAGAUUAACCAACUACCACUUAAAUUUUAACGAGGAAUCUGUGCUUAAGCAGUUUUUGCAUGAACAGGUUAGCGGCAUUCUGGAGACAUUUCAGAUGAGUUUUCGUGAGCAGAUGAAGCGCUACUACUUGUUCAGGCGGGCUUUCUUACGGGGGGACCGGGGCGGUAUCCACCGGGGGGUAGACGUGAAGGGGAAGAACCAUUUUGGUGCAGACCAUAUUGGUGCAAACCAUAUUGGGGUAAAGAACACUGGAAGAAAGGAUGAGGAGUCUCGCUUCUACCUUUCCGAAGGACACGACACCCUGUCGAACGAAGUGUUCACCAAACGGGAACUCCUGGACGAGUACUUCGACUCAGUCAUUUCAGAUCAGGAUGUAACGCACUUCCUUUGUGGCCUUCAGGACGAAGAGUUCUACUCCAGCACCUUCAUCCAUGUCGCCUUCUCCACCCCAAGCGAUACAUUCGAUUUGUUGAAAAUAAAAAAAGUACUGUACGACAAGCCGCUAAUCAAAUUAAAGGUUGAGUACGAAGACAUUAACAUUAUUAACACACAGUUGUUUGGCUCGACAUUCGCUAGCCGGGUCGGAAAUCCAUCCGAGUUCCUCACGUUUUACAGAAAAAAGGGGAAAACAAGCGGAGGGACCAAGGAUGAACGGGGAACCACCACCAUAGGGAUGGAACCUACUAACAUGGAUCAAAAGGAUCUCACUAACAUGGAAAAUAUAAAUGAAUACAACAAGGUAUUUGAUAUUCUUUUCAAUUAUUGCCAACUAAAGGACAAGCUAUCCAUCUUAAACGAAAAGACCAUCAAGGAAACGAUACUUAAUUUCAUUAGUAAUUCUAACUCUUCUUUUAAUUCUGAGACGACUGGCACGUCUGACUACUGCAACAUUAUUUCUAUGGUCAAUGACUCGGUUCGUAGGAAGGUAGAUCUCCUCGAGGGGAGCCUUCGGGAUGUCCCUGUGGAGAGCCUGACGGAAGAGUACCUCGCGGAAGUGCUUAAGAACCUUACCGGGGGGGUGUGA